AUGACACCAGUAUCAUCGCGGAAAAAACUGGAUGAAGCUGGUCAAUUAUACAAUACACUAUUGCAGCGUUCACCAGAUUUUCUGACACAAUUUGAACAACCUUUAUUCUUAACAGCAAAUCGCUUAUUAGCAUCACAGUCGUUUCAUCUCGCUAUAAAUAACAAUGAUACGACAAACAGGAACGAAAAAAUAAAUGAUGCUUUAUUAAUUAUUCCAACCGGCACAUUAAUUAUUACACAAACAUUUUUUACUUCGAGUGAUGAUAAUGAUAGUCACUCAAUUGUUUAUCAGUUAAAUAGCACACCAUUUUUUAAUAAACAUUCUUCAUAUGAAGUGUUCGGUCUUCCACGCUAUAUCGGUAUCAAUUCUCAACAUAAUACGUCGAUUUCAUGGUAUUACAACAAUCGUAAUUUAGGAACCUGUUAUUUUGAGAAAAUAUCUUUUUGUCAUGUUUUACCAGCGAUAAUGAACAACACUGAAAAUGAUUGUUUAAAUAAUAUGUUUUUGGAAGGUGAUAAUAAACCAUGUUCAUAA